AUGUCAAAGCUUUUAUCAAAUAAAACUUUUAGAUUAAUCACAACAAAUUCACAACCGAAAAUAUCAUUUGGUUUUUCAUUAAGAAAAAGGCUUACCACCGCUACAUCACCUGUUUUACGAGCCACUCCACUUUCAACACAAACACAAACUCUUGUUACCCCCUCACCAGCCACUACUCCAACAGAUCCACGAGUACUUGAUGCAAUGAUGCCAUACUGGACACAACAGUAUGGUAAUCCUCAUUCAAGAACUCAUGCAUAUGGUUGGGAAUCUGAAAAGGCUGUUGAAAAAGCUCGUGAACAUGUUGCUAAAAUUAUAGGAGCUGAUCCAAAAGAAAUUGUUUUCACAUCAGGAGCAACGGAAUCAAAUAAUCUUAGUAUUAAAGGAGUUGCUAGAUUUUAUAAGAACAAAAAAAAACAUAUCAUCACAACACAAAUCGAACAUAAAUGCGUACUUGAUUCAUGUCGUGUUUUAUCUGAAGAAGGGUUUGAAAUAACAUAUUUGCCAGUUAAAUCUUCUGGUCUUAUAGAUCUUGAAUUGUUGGCAAAAUCAAUUCGACCUGAUACAUCACUUGUGUCUAUCAUGACAGUAAAUAAUGAAAUUGGUGUAUUGCAACCUAUCGAAGAAAUUGGUAAAAUCUGUCACGACAAUAAAGUAUUUUUCCAUACAGAUGCUGCACAAGCUGUUGGCAAAAUACCUUUGGAUGUCAAUAAGAUGAAUAUUGAUUUAAUGAGUAUUUCAGGGCAUAAACUUUAUGGACCAAAAGGGAUAGGUGCUUUAUAUGCAAGAAGGAAACCCAGAGUUAGGUUAGAAGCUUUACAAAGUGGUGGAGGACAAGAGAGAGGUUUAAGAAGCGGUACUGUACCCACACCUUUAGUUGUUGGAUUAGGCGAAGCUUGUCGAAUUGCAAAUGAAGAAAUGCAGUAUGAUUCAGAACAUGUAAAAAAAUUAUCUAAAAGACUGAUUGAUGGCAUUAUGUCAAAAGUUUCUCAUAUUAUUCGUAAUGGUGAUCCCGAAUCAACUUAUCCAGGUUGUGUAAAUUUGUCAUUUUCUUUUAUUGAAGGUGAAUCCUUAUUGAUGGCACUUAAAGAUAUCGCACUUUCAUCAGGGUCAGCAUGUACAUCAGCAUCGUUAGAACCAUCUUAUGUGUUAAGAGCAUUAGGUUCUGAUGAUGAAUCAGCACAUUCAAGCAUUAGAUUUGGUAUUGGAAGAUUUACAACUGAACGAGAAAUUGAUUUUGUGAUUGACAGAGUGACAAAACACGUUGAUAAAUUGAGGGAAAUGUCCCCACUAUGGGAAAUGGUUCAAGAAGGCAUAGAUCUCAAAUCUAUCCAAUGGAUUCAUACUUUUGGGAAAAUAAGGAAACUCGAGAUUAUUGCUGAUGAGGAGGAAGAGUCUCAUAUUUACGAUCGAUUAUGGCGUAAACCUAGAGUUAGGCAGUAUUGGCAUGAUGGGACAUUACAUCGAGAAGCUGAGGAAAGAAAAUCAAGUUAUACUGAAUUGUUUUGGGAUCUUAUUUUUGUAGCAGUUGUGAAUAAUUUAGGACAUUUAUUGGUUUCUGAUAUUUCAUUCAGUAAUCUGGAAAGUUCAGAAGAUCUUCUUGAAAAAUUUUUAUUACUUUGGGAAAUGUCACUUGUAAUAGUGAUGGGAACUCAUGCAAUGGAUAUUUAUAAUGAUACCAAAAUAAUUUUUUUAUCAUCAUACGUUUUUGCUAGAAUGACAUUUUUGUGUAUGUAUAUUUUACUGGCAACAUGGUUACCAUUGUUUCGUAGAUCUUUGAUUACAUUUGCUUGGGGGAUUCUUAUCCCAACUCUAUUUUGGCUUGUCGCUAUAUUUGUACCAGCAUCAAAUACUAAAGAUUUAAUGUGGACUGCAAUUUCAUUUGAAUUAUUGUGGUCUUUAGUCAUUCCACUAUACAACCGCUACGGUAUAAAAAGACAUCCUCACAACAGUGACUUUAAAAAAGUGGAUAGUGUAGCAAGUACAAUCCAUGAAAAUAGUAUUAACGAGAAACGACCAAUAGUUCCUCAUCAAGCAAUGAAAACAAGGGGAACAGAGUACCAGUGGAAAUGGAAAGAUGUUUUCUUGUUUUCUCAACCUCCGGUGUAUAAGACUGCAUUGAAUAUUGAACAUUGGAGUGAGAGAUUAGGAACUUUUACCAUUAUUUGUUUAGGCGAAGCGUCAACAUCAAAAUAUAUCCAAUGUAAAUUAUAUGAUAUUAAUAGUCCUAACAGUGCCUAA